AGUGAACCUUGCGCAUCCGGGCCGCCCGUCUCGAGCCACCAAGCCUUCGGAUUCACUGAGUGGCGCCACUGCCUGCUCAUUGACCUCGUACCACUCUUUGUCUCAACGUGAUCAUACUGCUGAUCGUCAUGGGGAUAUCCCGACAUUCAGAAAUCGACAAUGACGUGUUGCCAGUCGCGCAGCUACAAGAUCUUCGAAUAGCUGAAGCCUCGUCGUCGCAGUUAAUUGAGGCCUUAGCCUGGAAGAUGCAGCAGGGUGAAUCUAUGAGUCCCAUGCAUUCGCUCAUUCUUGAUCCCACGAUGCAGUUGCAACAUAUCGAACACACUUUUCUCUCUGCGUCGCAGGCAGCCCGAACCGCUCUCAAUGCGGCAUCCCCUAUUCAUCGUCUGCCCGCGGAGAUGUUGACAGCAAUAUUUCUCUUCGUACCCAAGAAACAUGAGGAUUGGCGCGGACGCAGGGAUCUUUUCCUAUACAUAUUGAAGUUGGCCCACGUUUGUCGACACUGGCGGGCAGUCGCCACUGGCAUCCCGCGCCUUUGGACCCAUAUCAGCCAGACGCUUCCCUAUCCAGCGCAGGCUAUGCUGGUUGAACGGUCCGGCAACGCACCAUUGACCAUCGGUUUGCGAGGGAAGUUGCCGAACGCACUCUUGGCUUCGUUGCUUCAGCACCAGCCUGAGCAUCAUCGCGUUGUCGACGUACGUUGGGACGAUGUCAAUCUUGCGGAUGCAGCCCCGCAUCUUACGCCUGCUUCGUCGCUUGAGACGUUAACACUUGCGGGAGACGAUCCGAUUGCUUCCUUUCGACGGGGCUUCCAAAACGUGCCGCCAAUCACUUUGUUUGAUCACGGCCAAUCGACAUCGCUGCGCGUUCUAUUCCUCAAGGACGUGGACCUCCUCCCAGCGGACCGGUUUCCAAACCUGACGUCCCUCUGUAUACAAGGUCUCAACAUCUUGUAUUUUCCUGCCAAAACACCGCUGGUACGCUUGCUCAUCAGCACGCCACAUCUCGUCAACCUUAUGCUCAUCUCUACGGCGCCUCGCAUAGUGCACGGUAGUACCGGACUAUGGCAGAACAGAUUACCCGCUGGCACACGCGCAAACCUCCCCGCUCUCCGUAGAUGCGUCUUCCGUGGUCUCAAUCAAUGGGAGAUCAACUACUUCCUGUUGCUCAUGCCGCUUAGCCCUGCGGUGGCCAUCAGUAUUGGGGGUGUAUUGGGAGGCUUCCGUCUUCUCAGAGAGAUCGUCCCGAAUUUGCCACUGCUGCCGCAGAUGACCAAAUUCGCAACACGCAGCGUGGCCUACAAGGUUGUAGAGGUCAUAGCCACCGGACCAGUAUCCGGGAUUCGGAUCGAAAUUGAGGACGACCCAGACAGCCACAAAGUUCCCUUGUGGCAUGUUUCGCUCCGUGGGGUCAUGGAGAGGUUUCCCUGCGAACAAAUACAAGAGCUGUGGCUCAUGUAUUGGCCGAUCCCAGGGUUACGCACGCUAGAGUGGUUCCUCGAGUGCAUGACAAACGUGGAGGCUUUGACGGUUGCGGACAAGUACCUGCGAAUGUGCAUUGAGGCCUUGGCUUCAAGGUCAGGUUCGGGGACGCUGGCCUGCGGUCGUCUGCGCAACUUGCGGAUCAUACUGGGCGAAUACGACGCGAAGUCUGCCUUAGGCCUGCUCGCCCCAUACGCAUCCCUUCUCAACGGCGUUGAUAUAAUCCUUUCUUGCGUUCCGGCCCCAGCACCGGGACGGGAAACGGGAAACACCGACCUGGAGGAGCUUUUCACAACAAUAACAUAUCAGUACCUGCCCGAGCGGCCAAGGAUAGAGAUCCCUGCAAUCUGCGAAGCCGACUUCAUGGGUUGGUCAGCAUGGGCCUGACCUUAUGCCACGGAGAAGCACUAGGGAUAGGCACAAAGUGUCCGAGCCAGUAGUACUUGCAGACAACUUGAACAACUCGGACGUGUCAGCCAUCCUUACUUACUUGAUGCUAGUGCCAAUAUUUCCCUGCCGAAUGUAUUGAACGAGUAUCAUAUCAACUUCUGCCUGCUCGCUGAUAUGCCAUGACAACAGAC